AUGACCCCCACCGCGACCCCCGCCGCGGACAAUGCGCGCCUCACCGCCUUUGUCAACUUUCCCUCGCCCUACACCCAGGCUCUACUCGAGCGUGCGCUCGUGGCCGUCCUCCCCGCGCUCGAAAUGAGCUCGGACAUCCCUAAAGAGCCGCCCAAAUUGCAGUGGGCAGACUACGACGUGCUGUCUCUGGACGUGCCGCGGCAUAAUCCGGGAUACCUCAUCUCGUCUUAUAUUUACCGGAAAGCACUUAUCCGGAAACAUCAGCUGCAUACCACGGUCAAUGAGUACCUGGCGAAAUGUCGGCAUCGGGGGAUCAAGAGCGCUCUGGAGAGCGGAAUGCCCAAGGGAUGGGUGUUGGAUAUCCAGUUUGCGGACGAGUUGGACGAACUCCUCAUGGACGACCUGUAUGAGUUGGAGGAGGUUAUGAGGGGGAAUGAGGGGAGGGCGGAGGGGGAGAGGGAGUGGUUUAUUCUCAAGCCGGGAUUCGCGGAAAGGGGACAGGGGAUUAGGAUGUUUUCGACCGAGGAUGAACUCCGCGCCAUCUUUGAAGAGUUCGAGCCGCCAUCCGAGGACGAGGACGAGGACGACGAUGAUGACGGCGAGAGGAACGACGACGACGCCGACGACGACGCCGGUGUCGGCGGCACAGCAGUGCUCACCUCGCACAUGAGACAUUUCGUCAUCCAGGAAUACGUCCCGCGUCCCGUCUUGUUCGACCUGCACGAGGGUGACGGUGCACAGUUAGGCCAAAAGUUCCACCUGAGAGCCUAUGUCCUCGUAACCGGCGCGUAUACUGUGCACCUCGCACAUACGAUGCUCGCCCUGUUCUCUGAUGCGCCCUAUACGCCGCCCAGGAUAGUCGAGGGGCAAGUCGACCUGCGUCCACAUCUCACGAAUACGUGUUUGCAGACUGACGCGUAUGGGCAGGCGGUCGAGCAGGACGACUUGGUGCGUUUGUUCUGGGACCUCGAAGGUAGGACCGCACUCGCUCGUGAUAAUGGGUACAACGUCAUGGGUACGGUGGAUAAGGAGUGGCUCGACAAGACGUUCACAAAGGUCGGGCAGGUUGUGGCAGAGGCUGUCAAGGCGGGCGCAGAGUGUGGAAGCUUUAAUCUCCAGCUUAUGGAGAAUGCCUUCGAGAUCUUUGGCGUCGACCUCCUCCUCUCGCACCCCGCCGACGCUACCUCCCUCGUUGUGCCCGACGUCACGCUGCUCGAGUUCAACGCCAGCCCCGACUUUGUGCAGACGGGCGACGUUCUGCGCCCAAAGCUCCUCGACAUGUUCAAGGGCGUCGUUCGCAUCAGUAUCGCGCCGUUCUUUGGCAUUGACACCGUUGGCGAGGAAAAGGAGGAGGAGAUGGAGCUCGGCGAGGACCGGUGGGGUUGGCGGCUGGUCGGCAAGGGCCAGGUGCGAGCCAGCUGGGCGUAG